UGCAGAUAACACAAAGUCACAGAGGAAGAAUGGAAACAUUGAAGCCAAAGUGAUAGAUGACAUUGACUUGAUGAAGCUGUUGCCAGGCUUUACUUUGUUUUACGAUGCAAGUACAAGCAGUCAAAUUGAAGAUAAUUCAUUUAUGGCUUUAAUUGAUUCUUUCAAAAGAUACAAAUUUGGACAACUGGAGGUGGUCAAUGAAGAUUCUAACCAUUGGAGAAAGAGAUGUCAACUGAAAUUCAGAGACAAGAUUCUCGCCGAAGGAGAAGACCUGGUUGAUGCUCAAGCCCAGGCCAAUGCUACACUGGACCUGUUGAACAGGCUGAAAGCUUUCUCAUUCACUAUAAAGGCCAACCAAGACUACUUUUGCAAUGGUAAAGUUCCAUGUUUCAUGGAAAAUCCGGGUUUAAAGAUAAACAAUGAAUUCAGGAUAAUAAAAUACAGUGAGGUGUUAAUGAUACCUACCAUUAUCAAAGAGUUUUGUGAAAAACCUACAUUCCAAGAACUCAUUUUUGGAGCUGACUUUCCUUGGGAGACAAAAAUGCAAAUUUCAAGGUAUGUUUCUUAUAGAGGACUAAUCCACCGAUUGUUUACCUCAUCAGAUGACUCGGUAGACCCGACGCACAUGGCUGUGUAUCACCCUAUAGAUCUGAGUGAACUGAAAGCUUAUUUGUUGGACAAUCCGGGUGAAAAUAUGAAGUACAGGCUAAAACCUCCAGAGAAGUUCCCAUUCCAUAGGUCAAUCUCAGAGAAUCGUACAGAUAUGAAGAUUCCUACAGAAGGAGUCACUCCUACAUUGUCCACCUCAGAUCACAGCACGGAUAAGAAACGAAAGCGAGAGGAAGAUUCAGUUGGAGAGGUAAAAGUUAAGAAGUUGAAAGCUGCUCCUCCCGAUUUCAUAACCGAUGAGAAGUUGCCGGGCCUCGUGCUGUUUAUCGGUGUCAUGAAGAACAGCAUGAUCAAGAGCAACCUUAUGCAGAUAUUGUACGAUUCCUUUGCAGCCUCAAAGUAUGGGAGGCUUUACAUGAACCUCAUCGAUGAGGAUAUGGGUGGAGAUGUGUGGUCACGAUGUGUGCUGAAAAUAGAGACGAUGGUAUUAGCAGAAGUAGUGCGAGAGGAUAAAGUCCGUGCCAGUUUAGACGCUUCCAGAUUGCUUUUCGACCAUCUCAGAAGAUUUUGUUUCACCGUUCAGGCAAAACAGAGUUACUACAGGGACGGCAAUGGGUUGCCCAGGUGCUUCACUCAACAAUAUCUGUUUAAAGAUCAAAAAGCCCUUGGUGAAGUUAUAAAAGAACUGACAUUUCGUAGUUCCAAAGCGUUGAAUUCAGGACUAGAAAUUGUUUAUAGAAUAGGUUUCUCCGAUAUAGACAAGAGAAAAAUGAUUGCUGAGGUCGACAAACUAAAUUUCUCGUACCGUUCUUUGAACCACCAGAACAUUCCAGCAAUCGCCAUCUACCAAUCGCCAUCACCAACAAUGUUGAAAUAUAAGCUGAUGAAGACAGGUGGAGACAGUGAUAAAUACCAACUUAUAGAACCUGGUGGGGAAAUUUACUUCCCGGGGGACGAACUCUUCUUUCCUGCUGAUAAAUCGAUAUCUAGUACAAAAUCUUCGACACAAGAGAAAAAUCUACCAUUAAAUGUAAAAAAAGAAGAAAAUAUUGCUGAAGUUAUAAGUGAACUGGAUACUACUUCACAAGUUCCUUCAUCCACAGCAGAGGAGACACAAGACAGUGACCCAACUAAAAAGGCUGAUUUCUUUUGGGCCCCUAAGGAACUUUUGCCCAAGGUGGCGAAGUCUUUGUUUAUGUGCAAGCUUGUGAAGAGCGACAGCACCACAGAGUCGGACCCAUGUGCGCUUCUAGAGUCCACCAUUUCUCUUAUCAGCAAUUUAGUAUUUAAGUAUAUCACUUCAGUCACAAACAAUAACCAACACCAAGUAAUUGUGGGGCUCGAGUUGGACAACAGACAUCUGAAGCUUGGGACGGGCGUGGCAAGAAACAUUCAAAAUGCCAAACUGAUAGCAGCUCACAAGUCAGUGCACAUGUUACAGGAGCACUGCAAAGUUAUUGUGCCGAAUUUCCAUUACUUUGCAGAGGGUGGAAUUCCGCAGUUUAUACGGAAUAGUUCUCCCAGGUUGACAAAUGUUUAUGAAAUUGCUAGUAAAGGCUCAGAUCAACCAGGAUUUUACUCGAUGUUACAACGUUUCAUAGACAAUAGACAAUAG